AUGGGCCGAAACUGUCGACACGCGCAUUUCGAGAGUGAGCUGCGGCAGCGCAAGGAGAGCUCGGCAGACUUAGCUGGCAACGAGGACGGCCAGUCGGAUCUUGAAGACGACUCCGACGGGGACCUCAUCAACGAGCACGCGCCGACCUGGGGAAGGUCGAUCACCAUGCCCCCGGCGGUGGGACAAGAGCUUCCAUUGAAGCCAUUUGGGGCAGAGUCCAAAGCAGGUCAGAAGGAUCAGCCCGAGCAUCCGAAUUGGGCCGACAUGACAGAGGAGGAGGAUGAUGAUGACUUCUUCGACGACAGCAUGUGGUCUCGUAUGUCCACCAUGCCUGCGCCAGCGUCCUCUUCUAGAGACGAGGUGGGCUUGCCAAGCCUCCCAGAGGAGCGCAUCUUAAGGCAGGUCUCCACCUCAGAUAGCUUGCCAGAGAUCACCUCAUCGAAGCCCACGCAGUCUCGCCGGAAAUCCAAGAACUUGCUCAAAGGGGCCAACCCCAGCAGCACGGCGGGUGUGCUAAUGGGCUCUCCCAGAUAUCAGAACGUGCAGAACAUGCAAGGUAUCGCGAACAUGCUACCUGCCCCUCAGAUGGGCGCCUUCGUGCAAGGACUGCCGAUUCAGCAAAUGCCGCAGCAGCUGCCAUUGCAAAUGCAAGUACAGAUGCCGCAGCAGGUAGGUCAACAAACGUUGCCGCAACAGAUGCAGCAACCACAAGCUCAGCAAAUGCCGCAACAGCAACUGCCGCAGCAGCAGAUGCCACAGCAGCAAAUGCCACAGCAGCAGAUGCCACAGCAGCAGAUGCCACAGCAGCAGAUGCAGCAGCAGCAAAUGCCGCAGCAGCAGUUGCCACAGCAGCAAAUGCCGCAGCAGCAAAUGCCGCAGCAGCAAAUGCCGCAACAGCAAAUGCCACAACAGCAGUUGCUGGAGCAGCAGCUGCAGCAGCAGCAGCUCCAACAGCAGCAGCUGCAGCAGCAGCAACUGCAACAGCAGCAGCAGAUUCCGCCACAGCAGCAACAGCAAAUGCCGCUUCAGCAAAUGCCGCAGCAGUUGGCUCAGCAGAUGCAGACGCAGCAGCUUCCGCAGCAGAUGCAGCAGCAAGUGCCGCAAGUUGCUCAGAUGGUAAACGGAGGUGGCUACUGCCCCACCAUGGCCAUCGUGGUGCCCGUGCCAGUUCCGGUGAUGGUGGUGCCACAGGGCGGAAUGGUGGGCGAUCAAGGAGCGACCGGCCCAACGACCGCCGGUGCUGCUGCGAGGUUCAUUGCGACAGGGCCUAGUGAGGGCGCUGCCGGGUGCAGCCCUGCUGCGCCAAGUCCCACAGGCACCGGUCAAGAUGGGCACAUGAAGAAAGACAACAUGAUGCGCUGGUAG